AUUUAAGACUAGUCUAAAUUUAAUGAACUGAAAGUAAAAUUAGAACUGAAAGUUCAUGUGUCAGGCAGUUUGAUUGGUCAGAUUCAGAUCAUACUUGCACAAACCCCAUAAAAGUGAUGCAUUUGUGCAAAAGUCUGGAUUAGUUUUUGCAUCAAAUCAAUAUGAAAUCAAGGCCUGCUUAUGAAGAUGAAGGGAUUGUGAAAGCUCAUUAAGGCCAUGAUAUUUAUCUGAUUACUUAAUUUAGGUGUAUCUUUCGCUAAGUGAAUAAAAGGAAUGCUUACUGACCUAUAGUGAAUCUUCAAUAGAGGUUCAAUAUAAAUCUUCAAUAAUUAUUUUAUACAUAUACACAGUGCUGUGCAACAGUCUUAGGCACAUGCAAAGAAAUGCUGUAGUGCAAAGAUACCUUCAGAAAUAAUGAAAGUAAAUGUUUCUACAUAAAAAAAUACUAUAAAGAGCAGUAAACAGUAAUAAAUGAAACAAAGUCAAUAUUUGGUGUGACGAUCCUUCGCUUUUGGUACAAUUAGUGCAGUUUUAUAAGGAAAUGAGCUGGAAGUGUUACUGGGCAUCUUGCAGAAGCAGCCACAGUUCUUCUGGAGACUUUGACUGUCGACUUGCUUCUUAUUUCUGCAGCGAAACCCAGCAGCCUUCAUUAUGUUUUUUUUUUUGUCUGAAAAGUGUCUCUUAUGGAAUCUGCUGCUUUCUUUACCGACAUACAAACAUUUUUCUGUAACAUUUAAUUUUGUGCUGGAAAACUAAUGUUUGGAAUCUAAAAUGUUUUUGUACUGAAUCAAUAAUGUAGAAGUCAUAAAAGAAACAUCUGUAACAAAGUUUGUACUAAAAAAAUAGGGUGCCUAAGACUUUUGGAGAGUACUUUAUAUUGUAAAGUAGAUAUAUUUUUUUCUCAUGACCACCUCACAGCUCCAGGGUCCCCGGUUUGAUCCUGAGCUCAGGUUACUGUCCGGGUGGAGUGUGUAUGGUGCCUUGUGAUGGACCGACGUACCAUCCAGUGUGUAUUCCUGCCUCAUUCCCAGUGCUCCUGGGAUAGGCUCCGGAUCCGCCAUGAUCACCACGAUGAAUGAACGACUGAUAGAAUUAUAUUUCACGCCAAAAGGCAGGUAAAGUAUGGAGCCGAGGUGUCAGGGGUCAAAUCGUGUCAAAGCAUGGAUAAAGGAAUCUUCAGUUAUCUUUUUCCAGUCUGCACAAUAUUUUGCAAAGCAUUAUUUUACUUAUUAUUUAUUCUUUAUAUUGUACUGCAGUCUGUGAGAAUGUACAAACUAAGAAUGCCAUUGUACAAGGAAAGUUGGUGUAUAUGACAAAGUUUUUGAAUCUUGAAUUAUUAUUUUGUAGAAAACUUAGGAUGUAGAAAACAAACUUUUGCAUACAACCAUAUUUUAUCAAAAAAAGUUUUGUCUAAAUGGAAAAAAGGUCAUUUUAACAACCUAUUUAUCUGAAAGUGGCUAAGAUUCAGCAAGUUAUUUUAAAUUUAUUUACAUAUAGCUUAUUUUUUUUUAUUAUUAUUAUUUUAAAUGAACACAAUUGGAGUGAUGCUGAGCUCAAACACAGAAUAAGAGAGCAAAACCGAUAUACCUGCACUGAAAAAAUAUUCCUAAAUAAUAAGUUUUAGGACAAAAACAGAUAAAUAGUUCAUUGUAAUACAGGCCAGUGGUUCACGGGGUGGGAUUCGGGUACUCCAGGAGUGUGUGACUUUUUUAAAAUUUAGUUACAGUGAAAACCAGAAUCCACCUUUAUAUAAGUUUAUUUAUUAAAAAGUAUAUUUAUAUCUAUUUUAAUAUGAUUUAAUCCAGACCUCAGUAACAAGAACAAGUCACGUCAACCUGGACUCCAAUGUGUUUUGUUGACAGAAAAGUUCAGGAAUAGGAAGCUCUAUCACUCUAAUAAAUAGACAAAAUAUUAAUUAUGCACAUUUAAAUAAUGUUCAUGAAAUAACUGUGUAUUGAGUGAAGAUCACGGAAUUUAUUUUACAGGUUAAAAUGUGCUACAAAUUGUUUGAGAAGCCCUGAGGCGGGAUCAGUGUUGACAAUUAACAAGGCAGGAUUUAAAAAGAUCUGGCAACCUGGUCUGGUGAGCCCGCGCAUGACGUCAUACAAUUGAGUUUGAUUUGACAGCUCGUGACAGAAAAUGAGCGACGGCCGUUAAUGAAACUUCUGAUAUUGUUAUUAUCGUGAAUUCGUUCGAAAGUGCUCGAGACUCACCAACCGUUCAGAGAAUGACCACGUCAGUAGCAUGCAAGACAUCGUACGUGACGCCUCCUUCGGGUCAGUACGUAUCCGAGCCUGUGAACGUGAUCGUCAGUCAGAAGGGUUACGAUCAAGGUCAGAUGGUCAGCUCCGAGUUUAACCUUAUGGAAAUGACGGAGGUUGAAUACACGCACCUUCAGCACCUCAUUCAAUCUCACAUGGAAGCUCAGGAUGGCACUGAAGAGGUCAGGUUAAAUCCGCCAUCUUCUACAGACCGGGAGAGUGAAAACAGCUGCAAGGUGUGUCCGUCUCCGUACACGUCACCUGCGUGUCAACCAGAUGCGUCUUCUUCGUCCUCUGUGCCCACAGACGUGCAGUUUGGUUUAGUGCCUAGUAACCACGGAUCCGAAGAUAGUCAGGAAGUCAAAAUGCUUCUUUACAGUGAUCCGAGUAGCAUUAGUAGUUUAGGAGAGAGCACGCCAACCGGCAACGGCGAGGUUCCCAGCUCUGUGCUGGCGAAGAUGAGAUGCGUCAUGGAAGCGGCGAGAGAGAGAAACGAUCACCGGAGGGUCCUUCCUCUUGGUUCGAGACCCAACCCACCUGCACGGGUUCGCUUGGAGAAGAGGUUCAACUGCGACUCGUGUGAUUUAACCAAGAAACAAGAGUCACAGGCUGCAGUACUGAAUACAUUCUUAUCGAUGCUUCACAACUCUACGGAUAUGCCAGGUAUCGCAAUGCAUUCACAGCCAGAAAAGUGGCCCAAAGCAGAGAGGAGCGCUGCAGUAGAGUGCACUCAUCCUUACACAGGGAAUCAAGUGGGUCUGGGGCUCGGACACUUCUCUCAGCUGUUGGAGGGCAGCAAACACCCUGAAUGCAUCACGUCCAAGAACCUCAGCGUCAGUAAGACUGCUGACUCUGUGCCGAGAUCACCGUGUAUCAUUUACACUGACACAACUAAUGAGGAGCAGGUCAUCAACGUGGAAAAUGAGGUAAUGCGAAAAGCUGUGAAGCGAGCCAGGACGCGUGGAGCCCAAACUUUGCAAGCCCAGGACCCCAAUAUAAUGCAGGGCUCAGGAAAAUGGAAAUCAGUUUGCAUUAUGCCUGGACGUAAACCGGGUCGAAGAACCCGACCUCCUUUAGAGAUUAAGCAGCGUAAAGAGAGACACAACCUCAAGGAGAGAGACCGCAGGAGGAGAAUUCGGCUGUGUUGCGACGAGCUGAACAUGUUGGUGCCGUUCUGCUACGCUGAGACUGACAAAGCUACGACUCUUCAGUGGACAACCGCUUAUCUCAAAUAUAUCAGAGAGGUCUACGGAGACUCCCUAAAACAGGGCUUUCAAAACACGUUCUGCGGGAAAACCGGCGUUCGGAUCAAGCCAAGCUGCGCUAAUGAUGCCGCCGAGUGUGAAAACUCAGCAUCAAAGGAGUGACUUAUCUCCGUACAGCCAUAUAGCUAUAGUCAGCGCUUGCAUUAGAACAAAUUUUCCAUUAGUCCUGGCUGUAAUCCUCUUCAUCUGGCUUUAAUUAAUACUUACACUUACAUUUUUAUUUAUGUAUUUAUUUAUGUAUUUAUUUAUUGAUGAUACACUCUUUGAUUUAUUGCUUAAUUUAUUUUUUAUAUAAGAAGAUAAUUGCCUACAUUACAGAGUCUACAUUGAAAGGAAAAAAAAAAAGUAGGAGAAAUGAAAACCUUUGCUCUUCUAAUGUACAUUUCAUAUUUUCCUGAUCAAACAUUUGUAUUUUAUAUUCUUAUAUUCAUGCUGUCACAUAUAUAGUUUAGUUUAGCCCAUAACUUCCUCAUAACUUUGGUUGUAUCUUUCUUCUCAGCUACAGAUUAGAUCAGGUUCUACCUACAGUCGUUUUUAUAAAACCUGACAAUUGUGCGUGUUUAUAGCAAACCUUUAUAAGCUCCUGUGCAAAUAUCAAACCAUAGAUGGCGUCGUUUUUCCGUAAAACAAUUCCGCAGCACAAUUUAAGUUGGAAGCUUUGUCAUAUAGUUAAGUUUUUCUAAAAAUUAUAAUUUGUUUAUUUGUUUAUUAUUAAGGUUUUAAUGAAGAUUCCUGUUUGCAGGAAUUAAACCAGCAGCUUGUAUUUCAGUGCAAAUAUUUAUAAAUACACAUUAUUACAAAAGAAAAAAAACACUUCACUGUACUGUAACUUCUUUUGUUUGAAUA